ACAAAUAUGGCGGCCCUCCGCCGCGAACGUGUUGUCCUGCUAUAGCUUGUGUUCCAUUUCCGUAUUCUUUAGUCCAUGCUGUCAAGCUUUUAUCUGCAAAUAACAAAAUUGUAUAUAUGAUUGUUUUAAUAGUGCAAGAUAUUGUAUAAUAUUGAAUAUGACAUUUAUAUUACGUUCAUUAUCAUUUGUGUGUACUAAAAGAAGGAAAUAUUUACCUAUUAAUGAUUUAAUUAAACUAUCUAACUAUAAAAUUCAUACGUCAAAUUAUAUACUUCAUGGUGAAUACGAAAUGCUUGAUCCUAAGACAGAAGCUGAUAUAGUCUAUGUAACUUUUAUUGAUAAAAGAGGCAAGAAACAUACAGUACAAGGAAAAGUAGGAGACAAUGUAUUAUAUUUGGGUCAUAAAUAUGGGAUUGAAAUCGAAGGAGCAUGUGAAGCCUCCCUAGCAUGUACGACCUGUCACGUAUACGUACACCAUGACUAUGUGAACAAGCUUCCAGUCUCCGAGGAAAAAGAAGAAGAUCUUUUAGAUCUGGCACCAUUUUUAAAGGAAAAUUCUAGAUUAGGUUGUCAAAUAAUCUUAACAAAGGAGUUAGAUGGCAUACAGCUGGAAUUACCCAAAGCAACUAGAAAUUUCUAUGUAGAUGGACAUACCCCAACUUCACAUUAAAGAAAACUGCUUUUUGUUAUAAUUAGUAAAAUAAUACAUAUGAAUAGUUGUAUUU